AGCAGAGGAAGUGGUAAAGGAAACUUGCUGAGUCGUUUUCUGAGAAGAGACCAUAUUUGUUCGCGGAGGAAGACGUUGCUUUCUUGGAUCUGGUUACAGCAGAAAAGACGUUUGCUCCAAUAAAGCUGUUCCAAAGGGUAACUGGGAGUUGGAAGAGCCAAGGACGCCUCCACACCCUUGAUUUGGAGUUCUCUGUCCAUGGGUGCAGCACCCAUGCUCAGCUUGUGAGCUUCCUCCUGGGAGAGCAGCCAUGGCAUUGAGGAAUGUGCCCUUCCGGUCUGAGGUCCUGGCCUGGGACCCCGACGAUCUUGCAGACUAUUUCAGGAAGCUGAACUACAAGGACUGUGAAAAGACCGUAAAGAAGCAUCACAUUGAUGGGCCCCGGUUUUUGAACCUGACAGAAAAUGACAUCCAGAAGUUUCCUAAGCUCCGGGUGCCGAUUCUCAGUAAGUUAAGUCAAGAAAUCAACAAGAAUGAAGAGAGGAGAAGCAUUUUUGCACGCAAACACCAAGUCCAGCGGUUUCCUGAAGAAACAGAAAGCCACGAGGAAGACAACGGGGGCUGGUCGUCCUUUGAAGAUGAUGACUAUGAAAGUCCCAACGACGAUCAGGAUGGGGAAGAUGAUAAUGACUAUGAGUCCCCCAACGAGGAGGAAGAGGCGCCUGUGGAAGACGACGCCGAUUACGAGCCACCGCCCUCCAACGACGAGGAAGCCCUGCAGAACGCCAUCCUGCCUGCCAAGCCGUUCUCCAACUCCAACUCCAUGUACAUUGACCGGCCCCUCUCCGGGAAAGCCCCACAGCAGCCGCCUGUGCCCCCCCAGAGACCGAUGGCUGCCCUCCCUCCACCAACAGCUGGCCGGAGCCACGUGCCACUGCCCCCACCCCAGCCCAACCAUGAGGAACCUAGCAGAAGUCGAAACCACAAAACAGCAAAGCUCCCUCCUCCUUCGAUAGACAGAAGCACGAAACCCCCACUAGAUCGUUCAUUAGCUCCGUUUGACAGAGAGCCCUUCACACUAGGAAAGAAACCGGCGUUUUCUGACAAGCCCUCGACCCCAGCAGGAAGGCCUCUCGGGGAACAUUUACCCAAGAUACCAAAGCCUCCUUUACCACCGACCACGGAAAGACAUGACCGAAGUAGCCCUCUGCCAGGGAAGAAGCCACCUGUGCCAAAGCAUGGAUGGGGACCAGACAGAAGAGAGAAUGAUGAAGAUGACGUGCAUCAAAGACCUUUGCCCCAGCCAACAAUGUUCUCCAUGAGCUCCAACACGUUCCCUUCAAGAUCUACUAAGCCACCCCCCAAACACUCUCUCCCGUCAUCUCACGCGCCGGGAGCGUUCUCAGAGAGUAACAGUUUUCCACAAAGCGCCUCCCUGCCGCCAUACUUCUCUCAAGGCCCCAGCAGCAGGCUGCCUCCCAGAGCUGAAGGCAGGAACUUGUCCUUGCCCGUUCCAAGCAAACCUUGGCCACCAUCCCCUGGGGAAGAAGAGAAUUCAUUAAAUGAAGAGUGGUAUGUUUCUUACAUUACCCGACCAGAGGCAGAAGCUGCUCUUAGAAAGAUAAACCAGGAUGGCACUUUUCUGGUUAGAGACAGCUCUAAGAAAACAACCACCAACCCGUACGUCCUCAUGGUGUUGUACAAAGAUAAAGUUUACAACAUCCAGAUUCGUUAUCAUGAGGAAAGCCAAGUUUACUUGUUGGGAACUGGACUCCGAGGAAAAGAGGACUUCCUCUCUGUGUCAGAUAUUAUCGACUACUUCCGGAAAAUGCCACUUCUGCUCAUUGAUGGGAAAAACCGAGGUUCCAGAUACCAGUGCACAUUAACGUACUCUGCAGCUCGUGCCUAGCGAGUUAGCCAGCCAGCGACCCUCCCUCCUGCCACUGCAGCCAGUAUGGGAAGAGCAGUGCGCCCUGGUGACUGGACACACUUAGGACUGAAUCAAACCCCUCAACAUGAACACGGGGGUUUGGUCCUUUCGCGUUAAAAAGUUUUGAAACAAAGACUGUCAGACAUCCCAUAAUUUAUUUAUUCUUCUUGUUUGUAACGUGCAUCAGUAAUAAUGAUCGCACUGGAAGUCCAGUAGUGCACUGUAAUCAUUCAUAUAAAAAUGUGUAGUUUUGAUACUCAUUUCAAAGGUACAGUAGUUUACACAGCUACGAAAAUAAUUUGGGGCAAGUUUCAAAACACUUACUAGUUUUUGCUAUCACAUAAAACUGGUUUUUUUUAUAGCCAAACCUUUGUCAGUCAGAGGCAAUCAUCAGUUUUAUAGGUAUAAUUAGAAAAUUACUAAAAUUCACUUUCUCAGCAGCAAUAAUUUAAAAGGCUUGAAAAAUAUUUCAUCCUUUCUUAUUUGGUGUUUUUUUUUGUUGUUGUUUGGGGGGUAUUUUUGUAUACUUUUUUAUGAAAAGAUAAAUGCAUGUUGGGAUAACUUCCUGGGAUUAAAAUUAAUUUGCCUUUUGCUUUA